CGCAAAACCGCUCACAAGUCGUAUGUUUGUGGUUUGUGGUCUGUAAUAGACAGGCCAUGCAAAAUGACGUAAAACAGCUCCCCGAUCACGUCAACCCUAUACUCUUCCGUCACGGCUUCAAGCGGCGAUGUUCAUGUUUGACGGUUCUUCAGUUGGACUGGUAAUUCGGUCGUUCUCCUGGUACUUAGCACCCUCCACUACUAUCAAAUACUGUCUUAACUCCCACGUGGGCCUCUUACUGGUUGGGCUCGCCCAGGAACUGCUUCACGUAUUCCUGUCGGUGCUCGUUCUUGUCGACAUCGGGGCCUCGGUUCAGAGGCGUCCACUUCGGGUCCUCCUUGAACAGUCUCAUGGCAUGAACAUACUUAGUGAAGCGGUGGUAAAUGCCAGGAGGUAGGAUAAGAAGGUCAUCCUUCUCGAGCAACACGCGCACCCAGUCGUCAUCCUUGCUUCGGACGUCAAAGUAUCCACGACCACCACGGAUGUAUCGAAUCUCCUCGUCCUCGUGCAGGUGCUCGGCGAAGAAGGACUUGACCUUGGUUUCGUAGAUGUCGCCCAUGGCUUGGGGAGAGACAGUGAUUUCAUCGCGGUUCUUGUAGCCACGCUCCUUGGCAAGGUUGUCGACGGACUCGAGCUCAGGGAGAUGGUAGUAGUAGACGCCGAUGUUCAUGAGGUCGUCAACACUGACGGGCAUGCCCGAGUUAUGAGGGAGGCGCUGGUCGCCCUGUAAUUUUUUGUUAGUUGGACCUUUCUGCAAAGAGAGGUUAUACGCACGGGAAGGCCAUCAUAGAAGUAAGCUCGCAUGGUUGUUGAGUUGUUCGACGAAUAUAGAGGUUCUUCGGUAAAGACAAAAGUAUAGUAAAAUGGUAUUGCAAGGCCAAAGGUGUCAGCGGGUGGAAGCUCUUUUUGAAGCUUUGAGAUUGCCGGGGUCCCAAGCUGUUUAUGUACCUAUAUUUUACAAUGUCCCAAAGGUUCCAUGGCGGCGGGGUCUACCAUGGAAUGUCCGGCGAAGGCUAGCGACGUCAGCGCAUCAGCGCUACACCAAAACGCAAAAGGUAAAGGUCCCCUGCAGCGUUGACAUCACAAGCACACACGCCUUCAAAGGCCAGGCCCUCAAUGGACCAGCUCGUAUACAAUCCAGAGGCUAUGUUGGACUUGGGUCUUACUUGGUGCCCACUCGAACUACAGUGGGCGAACGGUACUAGCGCUUUCUUGCACUGAUACAAAUUUACUCUCAUAUCAUGAGACAGCAUCAUGAUGCCUACCUACUCAUGUAAACCACAGAUGACCGACCACCAGUUUUACCAGACGCUCAAAGGCUAUUGUUCAUUCCAAUCUGACAACGCCGUAGUAAAUCAACGCUAUCGGCAAUACAUCUGUCCGGUGCCAUGCUUCCAAAACAUACCAAUCCUGAACGCCAAUCCAUAGCAAAUAUUGAGCAUAAUUGGCUCUAUUGUUUCUUGCUGAGACUAAUCUCUUCUCUUCCCUUGACCCUUUAAAGCUCUCGGGGCGCAGCUUCUCGAGCCCCAGCAACCAUGAUGUCGUUUGUACUAUCAUCCGCAUCAACUCGAGGUCGGGCCUCAAACAGACGCCUCCACCAGUUAGGAGGGUCAAGGGGGCGCGAGCCGUUGUGCAGGGGCGGGUAAACGUCAGAAAAGAAAUACCAAACAUGUCCAAUAACGACACCCAUGAUCUCAUCCUUAGGAAUAGUGCCGUGCAGUACAAGGCUGAAACCCAUCAAAACCCAGGGCAAAUAAGGCGCGGUGAACACAAGUAAGCCGAGGAAGCUCAGUCUAGUCUCUGGGUUACGUCGGGACCAUAUGUAGACCAGCGUUGAGGAGAGCGGAUGGCCGAGGAAUGGCAUGGAAACAAGGGGCGAGAGAGCGAUCAAGGAGGCCAUUGAAUAAAGUAGGAGCCACGAGAAAUGAGCAGGCGAUCGACCGGAUGACUCUUCUAGAAGGCGCGCAUAACGUUGAAGGAAGUAGACGUGGAACAGUAGAUCGAGCGAGAAGGGGCCAAAGUAGAGAAACGUCGUCAAGAGUCGCCAGUACUGUAGGAGAUGCAAUGUCAGCAUAAGCGUUCGCAUCUCAAAUGUCUGUCAUACAAACGAAUUGCUAGGAAGAAUACGAACCUGUGAUUUCACG